AUGGGACCGCGUUGGUACUUCAACCCGAAGUGGUCAGAUCUUGGCAAGGUGGUUCCCAGGAUUCGCAGGGACAAGGCUACGAUGACAAUGGUCUGCCCAUAUGCGCCGGAGGCGCGGUGGUUUAAGGAGAUGGUUUCCCUGCUGUCAGCGGACCCUAUGGUGAUUUAUCCCAAAAAGGGAAUCUUCCUCAAGCACGGGACUGAACCUAUGGGGGCGCCAGGGUUCUUCACGCUAUUGGAAGCUAAUCGACCAGCUUGGGAGAAGCUGGCUGCGGCGGCGGUGCUACGUGAAGAAGACAUAGUGUCCUGUAUGACACAGAGUGGUGUCAUAGGGGCGGUGACGCAUCCGAGUGGGAAACCGGUUCGUAGGGGUAUGCCAGCGGAGGAAGCUGGUAUAGCAACCACCCUUGUUGGUGCAGUGAGUGCGCUAACGUUUACCACUCAGCCUUGGCGGGCGGCUAAGGGUGUGCUGAGUGAGUCCCUGAAGCAUGCGGAAGCGUAG